AUGAGGAUUCCUAUUGCUGUGCAGCUUGGGCUGCUGGUGUUGUUGACUGCGGUACCGGGGGUCGCGGUGUUAGCCAUCGCAACGUGGUUUACCACCUACAACUUUGUAGUGGACGUCGAGUAUGUGCUACUUUUUAAUAUGCAGAGCCAAAAUCUAACUUUGAGCAGAUCACAGAGCCUCGAACUCGUUGCGACCACCAAGGCUAGUCAGAUUGCUUCAAAUUUGGACCUUCUCGAAACAACCUGCAAGUCCAUCGCCACACGAGUCCUGAUUCAAUCAGGGUUGAGAUGUUACAAUGCAGGAAACACGUCCGACGACAACUGGAUAAAUCCAAUAGCCGACGUGCAAUCUGCAUUAGGUAGUCGUGGAUACUUGGACCUUUACCAGGCCAUCAUAUACUCGAAGGACAGUAAAGGAGCAGGUCAGACAUUAUUAAGCCAGACCAGUGACAGUGUUCCAGACAUCACCCUUCCAUAUACCUACUCCAAUGGAACUUCGGUGCAAUUGGGAAAUGAUGGACUGGGCUACCCCCUCCCCGGGUCAGACGACAACAACUCAAUGGUUGUCUAUCCAUUCUCCGAUUAUACACUUGGUUUGGACUCGGCAUUGCUUCUUGGUCCAUUGAAAGUCAACAACUCCUUCUCUCUUGUGUCAUUGACUUUGCCGAUUGUCAACAACACUUCAGAUACAGAAAUUUUGGGUUUCAUAACUAUUGUCGCUAGUGCCGCGAAUCUACAGAGUGUUGUUAACUCCCGAAAUGGGCUAGGAAAUACCGGUCAGGUUCUCCUCAUUGGACCUUCACGAAAAACAAACACUUUCGCUUCCAGUGAGCAGCCCGCAACUGCUACAUCUGCCGCUAGUUCUGCCGAUCUUAGUGGAGCGCAGGUCCAUUACAUCUUCGAGCCUACCCCUCUGCCCACCCAGGCUAGCCGGCAUAGUGGGAUGUCUACCGAUAUGCCGUUUGCCCUUUCUAUGUACCCAACAGCUCUACAAGUGAUGUUGCAACCAUACUUGAACGUGGGCAGAGCCAUAAGUCACCUGUCAAACCGAAAUGAGCGAGGGGCGAAUGUUGCCGUGGGUAUAGUCCGCCCUCAAAGCACUCUUGUCCAAUGGAUUCUCCUUGUAGAAGAGACUCACUCGGAAGCAUUUGCGCCAGUGGGUCGACUACGGAAUAUUAUUAUUGCGUGCGUAUUUGGCACAGCGGGUGCGAUUAUCCUCGUGGUCCCUCUUCUAACCCACUGGGCCGUUGCCCCUAUCCGAAGACUACGCGCAGCAGCCCGGAAAUCAGUCGAGCCCGAGAUUACACGACAUAAUCCUGCCGCGGAGCCGGAGCACGUUGGGUUUGAAGUCGAAAAUGAACAGGGCCAUACAAUCGAGCGAACUGUGCCACAUAUGGAUGAGAAAAGCGCCCCUAGCAUGUGGGUGAAACGCCUACCACGUCCCUUGGGGCGAUUUAAGAGUUCCACAAGAAUCAACAAUCCAAAAAACCUCCGAGGCUUUCAGAUGCCGGCCAGGGUCAAGGAAAGAAGACAUUGUGUAACGGACGAGCUUACGGAGUUGACUAAAACUUACAACGAGAUGUCGGACGAGCUCACAAUCCAGUACAAUCGGCUGGAAGAGCGAGUGGCUGAGCGCACCAGAGAGCUCGAAAAGGCCAAAUAG